AUGGUCGCAGACGCUCUGGUUUAUCACCCGGCGCUGGCGCACUACCUGCGCUUCGUUGCUACCACAGUCGGCCGUGAUAAAAUCCUCCGUACCCUGCAAUACUUCUCUCGCUUCUACGCUUGGUAUCUGUAUCGCACGAACCAGCCCCAGACCGCCAUCGCCCCGUAUAAUGCGAUCAAGAAGCAGUUUGGAACGACGCGAAAGAUUUUGAGAAUCGGCAAGUUCGUUGAGCACCUCAAAGCUGCUGCUCUUGCAGCCGAUAACAAGGGUCCCAUCGACCCCGUCCUCCGAUACCUAGCUAUUGGUCGCCAACUCGGCUAUGCUGGUUAUCUCUCUCUUGACACAAUCACCGUCAUUGAUACAAUUGGCGUCCGUAAGCUCGCCAGCGCCAAGCGCUUACAAGACUCUGCAUACCGCUCCUGGAUGUCUGGCUUGGUCUGCAGCGCGCUUGCAGGUGCUUACACUCUUUGGAGACUGAACGAGAAGAAGAAGACCCUAGAUCUGAAGGAGGGAGAAGGUGUCGUGGAGGCGAAGAAGCUUGAGAAGGAGAGUGCCGCCGCCCGUAUUCAGCUGAUUUCCGACCUCUGCGACCUGACAGUCCCGGUCUCCGCCCUUGGCUUCGCGUCCCUCGACGAUGGGCUGGUCGGCAUCGCUGGUACCGUGAGCAGUUUGAUUGGUGUCUGGAGCCAAUGGCGCAAGACCGCCUAG